AUGGUGACGGCCUGGAGCAUGCUCAGGAGGCAGGUGGUGCAGAUGGAGAAGCCCUCAUUACCCUCUGCAGUAGAACAGAGCCUUACACUUGAUGUCAUUCUGAAAACGCAGGGACUCAAACAGCCCUGGAGAGAAAAACACCAUGGUGAGCAGCAUCAGUAUGUGGACGAGGGCCAAGUUACCGGUGAGCAGGUCUGGGGCUUCGAGCCCUGUGAUCUAGAAAGAGCGUGGCAAUCCAGCCUGCUAAGUAAGAUUACUGAUUAUUCUUUUAUCAAAAACGAUUAUCACCAAAGGACUCACUGUGGCAUAGACAUUGACCACCAGCCUCUGGACACCCAGCACGACGGGGCCGUAUGCCAGCAACACAAUCGAGCAGAAGGAGAUGACCAGGUCCACCCAGUACAUGACCACAAAGAAACUGACCAGGAGCAGGAUGAUCUGGGUGGCCCUUUUCUCCGGGCAGAUGCUCGGGGAGAGGGACACGUUGUGCAGGUGCUGGGAUCGCCUCUGAUGCCUGAACAAGAGAGUCACCAUGUACACACUCGAGAGCAGCAUGCCGCCUACGAAGGACACGUCUCUCAGUUGUAUCAGCAUGAAAAACAGGCUCCACCUGAGGUACCUUGCAGAGGAAAGUGAGCAGUAUUUAACAAUACUCAGCUCUUGGGUCUGGGUCACAUUAGAAGCAGCCACGGUAGAAAAGAGCAGGUUACUACAGAAGA